GGGAGGUGGAAAAGGUGUUUAGGUUGUGUGUGACACAGUGAGGCUGGCCCACAGUGUAAAUGUUUGUCCAAGCAACGUAGUGGUCUACGACGAUACUCGGGGCGUUCUACAGGUAAAGGAAACACAGGCAGAGUGAUGCCCAGAGGCAGAGAGAAUGUCUGGCGAGAGUAACGAGAAGACAACAACAUCCUUGAAAACGAGAAGAUUAAAAAUAUCAUGUAAAUGAAAAUCCUCCAAACACAAACUGCGCGGCAGUCAGUCCUGUCGUAAAAGGUUUGGAUACUUGAAAUGCCUUGACAUCGAGAAUGGCCCGACUGCCUGCUGGGCCUGGAGGCACGAAAUAUGCUGUGGCCAUUAACAAAUGGUCUCUGAAGCCUUUGGUAUGUCCGGACUGGUCUGUAUGGUCCAUCGACCUUCUUGAAUGGUCUCCGAUGGGCACAGCCAACUGGAAAUGUUUUGCCAUCCCAGCGAUCCCGAGAAAAUGGUCUUUCGUGGUCUUCACUGUGCUGGUGGUGGUCCUCGGGAUGUGUCCAGCAAGGUCCUGGGCACAAGAUUCCAGCAUUAAACUACGUCAGGGCACCGUGCAAGGGGUGGUGCGAGAGGCCAGCAACAGAGAGAUCUACGCUUACCUCGGUAUUCCGUACGCCUUGCCUCCCGUGGGGAACCUCAGGUUCAAGCCUCCUCAGCGUCACAAUGGUUGGAACUCGACUCUCUACGCCCACGAGAUGGGCGCCGCCUGUCCCCAGCCUUUCCUGAUGGGCGUUCAGAUCUCCGAGGACUGUCUUACACUCAAUGUUUGGAUCCCUGAGCUCCCACGGGGGUUCCGACAGUACCCAGUGGUGGUAGUGGUUGAAGGGGAACUCUUCGUGACCUCCGCCGCUUCGAGGUUCCCCGGACAGGACCUUGCCGCCUUUGAUCUCAUUGUCGUCUCCCUCAACUACCGAACGAACGCCUUCGGGUUCCUGACAUGGCAGGACCGGGUGCUACCGGGCAACCUGGGUCUCCGGGACCAGUCGCUGGCGCUGCAAUGGGUCGCCGAGAAUAUCGACAAGUUCGGAGGCGACCUGAGCCGCGUCACACUCCUGGGUCACUCCGCCGGCGCCGCCUCCGCCGCCUACCACCUCGUCCAUCCUCGAAGUCAAGGACCAUUCAAGCAGAUGAUCCUCCUCUCCGGUUCCAACUUGGCUCCCUGGGCAUUGAGCAGACGUCCUCGUGAGGCCUCCAAGAGACUCUCGGAGCAUCUGGGUUGUGGAUACAUCUCCGGCUCAACGUUCCUCCUGCAGUGUCUCAAUACCAAGGACGCCAACCAGAUUGUGAAGGCCGUGGAGAGACUCAUUGAGGAAGGGAAUCCGUACUUCCUAUUCGGGCCAGUGGUGGAUACUUAUCUUCGUCAGGAGGAGAGAAUGGUGCCUCUGGAGCCUCUGAGAGCCGUCAGGGAGAACGCGAACAGAAGGAUCCCCGUUCUUCUGGGACUUUCAGAGGAUGAUGGAUCAGUCAUGCUAUGGAAAUGUCUCUGUUUGUCUAAUGAUUUAGAUCAUGUAGCUGGUUCAUUAGGAGGAGCCCUCCACGGAGCAGAGUUGGCGUACCUCUUCGCCCCGUCCUCCUACCGACUGAUUUUCAACCUUCCACUCACCUACCACGAGGAGAGAGUGAGCCAAAACCUUAAGAGAAUGGUGUUCACUUUCGCUAGUAGUGGGAUCCCAUUCUUGGGCCAAUAUUCACCCAGGUGGAGCCCAUACUCUCCUCAGUCACCCAUCUACGCCUCGCUGGAGUCUGGUCAGGUCCAUCAAGGCUACCAGCAACACCAAGUAGCCUUCUGGAACUACCUGAUGCCAGAAUUGGCUCACAUGGUGACCUCAGAUCCCAAUGCCAAGACUACUCAGUCCACUAGUACACAUACCACGGCGCCUACCACAGAGUCGCAGAUUAUCACACCAGGAUCGGACAACGUGUCAUACCAGUCUGCAGUGUGGGUGCUGGUGGCUGUGAUAUUGCUGCUUCUGGCUGUCAUCGUCGCCUACAUUGUGUGUUCUAGACGCCGACAGAUGCUACACUCUAACACCCUGAGCGACCAAUGACAUACGGAAACGAGUAGUGGCGAGAGAGCAGUCUAUAGACGAACUGAAGGGACGCUGAACGAACGAAAGGGAUCAGAUCAUCGAAGUCCCUCCAGCGACCCCGGCAGAAAUGAACCGCUGGGGGAGAUGAUAGAACGUCCUGCUUCUACCAGGUUCACCCAUUUUGGCUCGGUGCGCUUCCAGAGACGAGAUCCUGAUGGCUUCGACGCUGCUGACAGCCUUCCUUCGAGCAUUCCAACGUUCGUGUCGCGAAGCAACCCGCUCAUGAGACUGGCUUCACUGGUAGAGGAACGAGCGUCGUCGCCGCAACACGACGACCACUCAGAUUCAGUCUCGGGACGCAAAGUGAAGCUAUCUAAUUUUCCUAAGGAUAGUUCCUGGUUCAGGUCUCAGAAGGACCGUAAGGAUUCAUUCAUGGAGGCAAGCGCUGAGACGAUCUUUGAUGAUGGCUCGCCAGGAGGGAGGACGCCUGGUUCCCGAUCAGUCUUUUAUGAUAAAGACGAUGAUGCUUCCUCUUCCUGAACCUCCUGCAGCUCUCUUGUGAUUUAGAGGAACAAGAACAUACCACCAGUAUUUCUAAACGCUGCAUCGCAAAGAAAACUGGAUUCGUCUGAGUCAGCUUUUUCUCCACUUCUCGUUGAAAGUUAAAAAGAUUCAAUUCAAAUAGAUUUUAUUAAGCAUAAUAAAUUUAUAUAUUUUCACAAUUUUUCUUGUUUAUUGAAUAAGGUAGAUAAUAUUGUAUAGCGUGUAAUAAUUUAUUUUUUAAUGUAUAUAUAUGAUGUAAUUAUUUAUAAUCAUCAGUCGACUCUUAGUUUCUUGCACUACCUGUUAUUAGUGUUAAUUUAGCGUCUCGGUGACUCGAGUUCUCGCUAUAUUUCACUCUGGGACACAAGUAUGAAAAAAAGUUAUGUAGGAUGUGAAAGGCUGUUGGAGUGUGAGCAAGGUAACAUUUAUGAAGUGACUCGAGGAAACCGGUUAACUGGACUUGAGUCCUGGAGUUGAGAAGUACAGUGCCUGCACUCUGAAGAAGUGAUGUAAUUAGGAGGGUCAUUUGAAUUGUGAUGCCUGUGUCCUUUUCUCAUGACAGUUAUUGAAUGUGG